CAGCUCUUUCUAUCAGCUAAAUCUUUGGCGCUACCAUAGCAACUAUCCUGCCUAAUAAGAAGACCAACGAAUAAGAAUAGAGUACCAAGUAGCUCUAGUGAGAGAGCUCGAGCGGCAGUGGCUGAGGAAUGCCUUGUUUGGUUAUCAGGAGGGUCCGCUAGCUAGUGUUGUUUGAUUUCUGGUCGCCGUGACAGCGUGACAGUCGGUGCCAUGAGGACUCAGGGAUCAAAGGCAGGGAGCUCAGGACGACAAAGAUCUAGUGGUAGUAAGCAUUCCGAUGGGGUGGCUUCCCGGAGUUCCAAGGCAAAGUCGUUCAAGGGUCGCUUCAGUUCGGUUGGCAGCAUGCAGUCCGCCAUGAACUUGAAGCGCAAGGAGGCCUUUGACGAUGAAACGCACAUGAUGGAAGACACAACGGUAGACGGAAAUGUGACAUUUGUGACAUCUACCACGGAUUAUCUGAGAGAGGCGGGAAGGGAUGCCAAGAGCAGAAACCUAGAUGCCUCGUUUGACUCGGAGGAUACCCCUGCUUCCAAGGAACGAAAAGACCCGACGCCCACGAUAGGAACCAUGUCUCUCUUCUCUCAAAACUCGAGCCACGAAGGCAAAAUUCACAUGAGCUCGAGAGAACGAAAACGAUUGAAAGAACGCGAAUGGGAACGCGACCGACAGCGACGAACCACUGCAGAACCCCGGAAACCUCUCCAAUUCUCGGGCAGGCUGAGAGGAUACGACGCUUCUAAUUUCCAAUCCACCUCGUACGAUUUCGAUGAGGAAUUCAAUUCCAUUUGUGAGUCAAACCAAGCGCCCCGUCAACCACAGAGCAGUCGUCAACUGUGGUCCGGGGUUGACGCACCUCCUGGGGGACGGGAUGGGUAUGACUCAGACUCGUACAGUAUCAAACUCAACAAGGCUCGUUUACGGACGGCACGACCAUCCAGACGAGACUACUACGAAGCAGAAGAUUCACGGCCAUCUAGACGAGAUCACUACGAAGACGAAGAUUUUCGGGAACGACAACCCACCACAAUCAGUAAUCUUCUGACAGAUGGAGUUGCCAAAGGAGGAAGCGAAGAGGAGGAAGGUACGAUGGAAGGAACAAUGAACGAGUCCACUGCGGACUUUGGAGGAAAGGCAGACCAGAGCCAGGACGAUUCCUUCUUGGUGGAAUCUGCUACCAAGAUUAAAAUGACAAAAAUGGAAAAGAUAAAGCAGCUCCAGUCCAAGAAUGAGCGGUACAAAGAAGAGUACAAGAAAACCUACCUGGAAAAGAAAGAAUUCAAGAAAAAGUACGAGGACAAGAAGAUGGAAGUGGCAAGCCUUACCAUGGAGAUUGAAUCAUACAUGAAAGAGACAGCCUUGUUGAAGAAGCAGUUGUCACAGCUAACCAAUGAGAUUGAUAAUGCCGAGGGCAGCACUCGCAAGGAUAUGGCCAUGGUGGCAAAGCUCCAAAAAGAACUCAAACAAACGAGGGCUGAUCUUAAGGAAGCUCUGGGAAGGAUAGCAGAUCGCAAGAUUCAAUCUAGCGAACUGAAGGAGAUCACGAAGCGCAAAGACGAACAAAUUCAAUCCCUGACGUUAGAAGUGUCUCAGCAAAUCGAAGAAGUACAAAAAUUGCAAGCUCAACUUUCAGUUCAAGAUAUGGGCUCCACUGCGAGCAGCCAAAUUGCGCGGGAUGGCACCGUUUCUCCAAACAACAACCAAAUCAUCACUGAGUUGAAGGAGGAAAACAAGAACAUGAAGGACGAACUCUCCAUGACACUGAAUCGAGCAGCUGAAAUGGUCAAGAAUCGGGAAUCGACAAUUGAAAUCUUGCGCAAGGAAAACCACGAGCUGAAGGAGCUCAUGGACAUUCGAGAUCAGGACGAUGACCGCACCACAACUUCGGAAAAGAUCCAGCGCAGAGAGACGACCAUCGAGCAGUUGCAGACUGAGAUUGCUGGUCUCAAAGAAACACUGGAAGAGAGCGCCGAGGAAAAGGAACAGCUGAAGGAUGUUAUUCGCAGCCGUGAAGCCGAGCUCAAGAACGUGAAGCUUGACGUGGAAGGCUUGAAGAGGAUGGUGAAGCGAGCCGAAAAAGACGCUCAUCUCGCACGCACUGGUGUCGACAACCGGGAUGGAAAAAUGCUCGAACUGCACGACGACAUUAGAAAGUUGCAAACUGAAGUGAAAGAUUCGGACAGGCAGAUUAAGGAACUAAAUGGCGUGAUUGGGGAAAGAGACAUGGAGAUCCGAGAAUUGAUGAACGAGAUUGAAAAUCUGAAGGUUAAUCACAACGGAUCAUCCUUGGAACUGGGAAGAUUCAAAACGAUUCUUGACGAGAAGGAACAAGAAGUGAAGGACUUGUAUAGGGAGACUGAAAACCUUAAAGCAGAAAUGCUUCAACAGCGAAAUCAAAUGGACGAUCGACGCAAGCGAGUCGUUCUCGAACUGGAAGAGUUGAAAUUGCGCGAAAAGGAUCUUCAAGAGGAAGUUCAAGAUUCUGCCGCGAUGGUGCAGCAGCGCGAAGAGGCUAUUGAAGACUUGCUGAAAGAGGUGGAAAAUUUGAAGAAGGGCAACGAAGACAAAGAGAGCCAUCUCUCAGCAGAACUCAGCAAGCAAGAGCAAACUGUGAGGUCGAUGAUGAAGGACAUGGAUCGGCUCAAAAGAUCACUGAGCCUGAAGGGACAGGAACUUGAACAAUCUCAGGCAAUGGUCAAGGAACGAGAGGUUGCAAUUGAAGACUUGCUUACGGAAAUUGAAGAUCUGAAGCUGGAAGGAAAGGGCGUUGACAAGAAGAUCGCUGAGCGAGCCGAAAAGAUGCAACGUGACUUUGACGACCAGAACGAGGAAAUCGAGAAGCUACGAACGGAGGUCGACGAUACGACGACCAAACUGAACGAAGCUCAAUAUGAUCUUCAAACCAAAGAGGAAGUUCUGCGAGAGCGCGAAGAAUCCAUCGAAGAGCUGCUUCAGGACAUGAAUGAGCUGAAGAAGCAGUUCGAAGAACAAAUGCAACACAGAGAGGAAGAGGCCGAAGACGACCAAAUCAGGGAUGCGCUUCAGUGCGAACUUGAAACAGCUCGAGAUCUCGUGAAAGAAAAGGAAGAGUCACUUCGUCGUGUGCUCCAGGAGAGCGAAAAGUUGAAGGAAAAAUGGAUAACAGUGAAGAUUGAGAAGGAGGCGCUAGAGAAAGAAGUCAAAGAAGCCAGAGAAGCCAAAGAAGCCAAAGAGGCCGAAGAGAACAACAAGGACAACGAUGACAACGAUGACGAAAGCGAAGAAGGCGACACGAAGUCUUACUUGGUGGCACAACAUGAAGUCCUGGAGGAGGAGAUUCAACAGUUGAAUGACCAAGUGGGCGAGCUUCAGGCAUCGUUGGAAGACGUCCACCGACAAAACUCUAUUUUGAACGAAGAGGUCGAGGAUUGGGUCCAAAGAGGUGGCAUCUUUGAAUUGGAAAUCGAAAGGCUGAGAAAUGAAGUCGAGGCCUGGCAAGAUAAAGCAGAACAGCUCGAAUCAGCUGGCGGAAUGCAGCCAGGAGGAGGCGACCAGGACAACGCUGAAGGAGGCGACCAACAGGCGAUGAUGUUGGAGAAAGCUCUGGCGGAACGACAACGGAAGAAUGGAGGAGAUGGCAAAGGAGUCUGGGGGCUUUUCUUCAACAAGAGUGAGGAAGACGAAGAUCUCACAGAAGAUCAGAAACGGAUCAAAGAAUUGGAAGGGAUCAAGGAUGCUCAAGCCGAAGAGCUCCAAAAGAUCAAGAGUGACCUGGUCAAGCUCACCACUACGUCAAGAAACGAGUCGUAUGUAGCCAAGAAGAGAAUAUCCGACUUGGAAGAGGAAAACGUGGGCUAUAAGGCCAAGGUGGAUCUGCUGUUGCGUCGCCUUGCCGAAGCUCAAGGUGUCCCGUGUGAGGUUGAACUUGGGGAAGAGAAGAAGGUGGAUGAUGCGAGCUCAAUUUUCCCAAGGAACAUUCUGUGACAAGAGGUUGUGCCUGUUGCAACGUGAUUCGAUUGUAUCAAUCCUGAACGGUUGACAUACACAUGGAACGCUAUCAGGAUGGCUUUUGUGAUGUUAUUUGCACAGCCUCACUCGACCAUCGUGUGAUGCUACCACAUCUUCGAGCUCAGUCUGAAAACCACCCUUCAGCGUCUCUACCGCUAGAAGGACGCUCUGGUAUUUCACUAUCACGAGCUAUAUUUGUAGAAGGGAGCAAAAACCAUGAGGAAGUUACUUCUAGCCGUUCGCGCCCUGCCUGCAGUCAGUCAUCUGCCUGCUUGAACGAAUCAGAUAAUGUACUAUUAAAACCAAAAAGCAAACAAUUAGCCUUGUGGUACGACCGUCAACUUUCGUGUUGCCGCAACUAUAAUGUAUUUUUAAAAAUGGCAUUGCAAGA